UGUCGAUGGCAGCCCAACAAAGAUGCCGUCGACUCCAUCCUUGCCAAGCCCCAUUUCCCUGCGAUUGCAGACGUCGAAACGUAAGAACAACUCGUUAAAGUACACGGAAUCUCCACACACUGCGUCAUCCACAUCUUCCGACGGUCACAACGCGCUGUCGCCAGUGUCGGACUCGUUCUACGGCCGCGUGCAAGAUAUUGCGCAACAUGCCAUGACGACGUACUCGUCCGAAGCUGCUGUGAUCUCCAAGAUGGCGUGGAAAGUGAGUCUCGCCACGUUGUGUCGUACCUUGCUCCCAGCCAUUACGGCAGGUUUCUUGGGCCACUUGGGAUCGAAGGAACUAGCUGCCAGUGCAUUGGCCAACAUUUGGGUGUCAGCUUUGCAAAUCUUCAUUUACGGGUUCUCCGUUUCACUCUGCACGCUAUGUGGCCAAGCGUACGGCGCCCGCAACUACGAGCUCGUUGGUAUUUGGUUUCAGCUGGGCGUGGUGACACUUAGCGUUAUUUCCAUUGUGAUGGGCAUCUCGUUCUUGUACGUGGAACCUGUUUUGGCGAUGGUCAACAGCGACCCAGAAACGCUGAAGCUUGCCGUCGUAUUUUGCCGCUAUUCUGUUCUCAGCGUGUGGCCCCAAUGCCUCAACUGUGCCCUCAGGCAAUACCUUCAAGCGCAAGAAAUAAUUACCCCCGGCACAGUCGUGAGCUUUUUGAGCGUUCCCAUCUGCAUUGCGGCCAACUAUCUGUUGAUGUUUCAACUCGGGUUUGGAUUCGUCGGGUCGCCUUUGGCGCAAUUCGUCGCGGAUGUCUUUCAGCCCCUCGCGUUGUUUGGAUAUGCGUGCUGGUACAAAGGAUACCAUGAAAAGACAUGGUUUGGAUGGAAGUGGUCGUGCCUGCGCCCCGAUCGCGUCAAGCGAUUCAUCUGGCUGUCCAUGGCCAUGACGCUCAAUGUCGCGUUGGACGAAUGGAUCUAUUCAGUUGUGACGGCCAUCGCGAGCUCCCUCGGGUCCCUUGACAUGGCGGCGAACAGUGUCCUAUAUAUGCUGUGGAACCUUGUGUACAGCAUCUACUGGGGGUUUGGCCUUCCAACUCAAGUCCGCGUCGCCAACUUUCUCGGGGGCAACUGCCCAGAUGCCGCCAAGCGCACCAUGUUGAUUGGGUUUGCCCUUGGUGGCGUGGCGGCGUUCGGGUCGGCGGGUGUGUUUUAUCUGUUCCUGUAUCCCCUGAUUGCCCUCUUCACGCCAGACCCAGCACUGACAGCCUUGAUUGCCAAGACAUUCUAUUUGUUUUGCAUUGCCGUGGGUAUUUCGGGUCUGCACAUUGUUCUUGCUAGCGUGGCAGAAGCCAUGUCGAAGGCCAACACGCUGCUAUGCAUCACGGCAACGGGGUCAUGGGUGGUGCUCCUCCCGGCAUCGUUUAUCCUGGGGGUGGCUUGCCAUUGGGGCCUCGCCGGCCUCUGGAUCAGCAGCAUCUUGGGCGAAUCCACCAAGUUUGUUCUGAUUGCAGCAGCGCUUUACAAGGUCGACUGGGACGAGGCGGCGACAGUCGCGGCCCGGCAGUCGCAACUACAUUCGCCCAAGGACGAAGAACUUGACGUCCUCGAGCGGGUGUUUGUAAGUGUGUCGACGCCGGCGAUGUUCAGCCCGGUCAUUUCGAGGCAUAUCACCGACGGCACCUCGGUCGAAUACACUCGUGGUCGCGGGUACAGCCAGUCAGACAGCCUAAGCGACAACGAGCGCGAAAGUCUCCUGCGGCAGCGGGCGCUGUCGUUUUGAACCCAUCCACCCCCCAUAGAAACAGUUGGAAUUAUGUAAAAAAUUGCAACGACGCUUUGAGCACAGGACCG